AUGCAUGGGGUGGAUAUGCAGCUUGGCUAUUGUGCACAGGCAAGCUUCUCAAACUAUCGAACUAAAAAUGUUGGUGCUGUGGAUGCUGAGUACAUAAUCCAUUAUGGUCGUCCUACAUUGGGAGGUUCAGAUGAAAAUGAGGAAUCAUCAUCAAAAUCUAGUGGAAAGGACCAGAGUGAGGAGAGAAUCGUACAACGAAAUGAAGGUGUUCAAAAGGAAAUGGGAACGAGCUGUCAAGGAUGA